AAGAAGGCGGCCGCCCAUUGGCUGCGGGGGCCGCCGGGCUGAGCGCUGUGGGGCGAAGCAGCGACCCGGCCCGAUCGCGAUCCCGAUCCUUAUCCCGAUCGCGAGCCCGGGGCCCGGCCCGGCCCGGCUGCCCCGGCCAUGCUGUCGUGGGGAGCGGUGGGCGGGCGGGCGCUGCGCUGGGCGAGCGGGCGGGCCCCGGCCCGCGGGUUCCGCGCCUCGCCGCGGGCGCGGAUCGCCAUGCCCAGCUGGGUCAUAGACCGGUACGGCAGCAACGAGGUGCUGCGCUUCACCAGGGAGAUGAUGUUCCCCAUCAUACACUUCCCGAACGAGGUCAUCAUUAAGGUUCACGCUGCGAGCCUGAACCCCAUCGACCUCAGCAUGAGAAGUGGUUAUGGUGCAACUGCGUUAAAUAUGAAGCGGGAUCCCCUGAAACUCAAAACCGGCGAGACUGAAUUUCCUCUAACGCUUGGUCGGGAUGUCUCUGGUGUUGUCAUGGAAUGUGGACUGGGUGUGUCUUAUUUCAAACCUGGAGAUGAGGUGUGGGCAGCAAUUCCCCCAUGGAAACAAGGCACUCUGUCAGAGUUUGUGGUAGCUAGUGGAAACGAGGUAUCUUUUAAGCCAAAGUGUCUCAGUCACACAGAAGCUGCUGCCUUACCAUAUGUUGGUCUUACUGCGUGGUCUGCACUUAACCAAGUGGGAGGACUGAACCAAAGUAAUUGUAGUGGGAAAAGAAUAUUAAUAUUAGGAGCUUCAGGAGGAGUUGGUACAUUUGCUGUACAGCUAAUGAAGGCCUGGGAUGCUCACGUGACAGCGGUUUGCUCUCAUGAUGCCAGCACACUGGUGAAAAAGCUUGGAGCAGAUGAUGUGAUUGAUUAUAAAUCUGGAAAUCUGGAAGAGCAGCUUAAAACAUUACCCUUGUUUGAUUUUAUCCUAGAUAAUGUUGGUGGAUCCACUGAGAAGUGGGCUCUAGAUCUCUUGAAGAAAUGGUCAGGAGCAACAUAUGUUACUUUAGUGACACCUUUCCUGAUCAAUAUGGACAAACUUGGAGUGGCUGAUGGCAUGUUGCAAACAGGAGUCACUGUUGGUUCCAAAACUCUUAAGAUUCAACCAGUUAUUGAUGAAGUCUUCUCAUUUUCUGAAGUUCCAGAGGCCUUUCUGAAGUUGGAAGGAGGACAUGCACGUGGAAAAACAGUGAUCAAUGUAAUAAGUAGACAAUAAAGUAUCUCUAAUCAUUAUUCUGCCUGCAGUCAGUUCUUGAACAUGAAUUGGUAUGUAGUGUUUCUUUUUUAAAAGCUCAUACAGGAUGCAUAACUUACAAAUCCGGUUUUGGAAAAGCCUCUGAUUCCUUUAUAUGCUGCCUGUUAUUAAGCAGACAAGACAUACUAAUGUCUCUUAAGCAUUUCUACCUGAAAACCAUGUUAAAAAUGUAGUUGUGAAUUUUGCAGAACACCCCUCACUCUUGGGAUAAAAGGAACAGACUGCAACAUUUUCCUUAUGUUUCAGAUGUAAGUUCUGAAAUGGUGAGGCUCACUCUUAUCUACUUGUCUACAUGAAACCUGUGCUGUUUUUCCUUGGUUUUCCUACUUCUGUUUACCUUCACUAAUGUAGAUUAUUACUCAAGCUGUUUAAUUCUUAGAACUAAAUGGUCACAUCACUGUCUCAAGACUGAUAUUUUGAUCUUGUUAUGGCAACUCUCUCAUGACAUAGCUAAUUUAAAUAGAAGCAUGGAACAAAA